UCAUUUCCUGUUUUCAGCCGUUUGCUGCAGUUGCUUGUUUCUCCCUGAAGGAGGCGCCAUUUCGAGUCACUCACUUCCUGAUCCGGGGAGGGGAAGCGCGUGCGCCUUUUUAUCCUCGGUGUUUUACUACGACCUGCAAAAUAUAAAGUUUUCAGACUGUGGUCCUGGAGAAGGUCCUAUGCUGGGUUGCUUGAGCCCGACAUGUACUGCUUCCGCCAGAGUUUAGAGUUGUAAAUAGUGGCUUUUAGAAGGACGGACUAGAGUUUGGAUGUUCUGAACACCUUGACUCGGAAACGCUCUAUUUCCUCGAAGGCUGCAGGUCCAGCGGGGUUUAAGCCAUGUCGGACGGACGGAUCUACGUGGGAAACCUUCCCAUGGACGUUCAGGAGAGGGACAUUGAGGAUCUCUUCUACAAAUAUGGAAAAAUUCGGGAUAUUGAGCUGAAGAACAACAGAGGCACCAUCCCGUUUGCCUUCGUGCGAUUUGAGGACCCACGGGAUGCGGAGGAUGCGGUCUUUGGAAGGAAUGGAUAUGGAUUUGGAGACUGUAAGCUGCGUGUGGAAUACCCACGUUCUUCUGGAUCCAAAUUUAGUGGACCUGCAGGAGGAGGAGGAGGAGGAGGUGGUGGUGGAGGGGGGCCGCGGGGAAGGUUUGGUCCCCCGACGCGUAGAUCUGAGUUUCGGGUUAUUGUGACGGGUCUUCCUCCCACUGGCAGCUGGCAGGACCUCAAAGACCACAUGCGGGAGGCUGGAGACGUGUGUUUCGCUGACGUGCAGCGUGACGGCGAGGGCGUGGUUGAGUUCCUCAGACGCGAGGACAUGGAGUAUGCACUGCGGCGCCUGGACGGCACAGAGUUCAGAUCCCACCAGGGAGAGACGUCCUACAUCAGAGUCAUGGAGGAGCGGGGCACAAGCUGGGGUCGCUCACGCUCCCGGUCCAGGUCUCGCGGACGCUACUCACCCCCGUACCAGAGCAGAGGGUCGCCGCCUCCCCGCUACCGAUCGCCACCGCGUCACAUGACCCGCCAUAGCCCGCCCUCCCGACGAGCCCCGCUUCAGCAUCACAGCCCGCCGCCGCGCCACUAUCGAUGAGCGCCAGCCGCGGCAGCUCCUUUUCUCCGUGCUCCCUUUUCCUUUAUCAAUUUUGUAAUUUACAUUCCAUUGUAGGAACCCGAAUGGCCUUAUUCACCGUUCAGUUCAUGGAGAGUUUGCGAAAUGUGUAAAUGAUCAUGUGGAUGAUGCGAGUAUGUUUACAGAACAGAUGAUUGUGAAAGAUCUGAAGAUGAAUAACCCGUUUUGUCCUUUGUGAUUAUUGACAUGAGGCAACAGACUAAAGACCUGCUGUUUGUGAUUAAUCUGGUCCGUUUCAUAAACAUGACAAUUUUAUGAUUUUUUUAUUAUUUGAAUUAAAGGCUGAAAUUUUAACAUUUUUCUUUCUGGAAUCUCCCCAUGUGAUUUUUUUUUUUUUUUUUUUUUUUCUCUUCUUUCUUGUUUUGUAUCAUGUGAUGACUGUAUGCAUAAUUUUUUCUUUUUUUUUUUUCAAUUAAAGCAUUGUCAAAUUUA